AAGGACGCCAUGAUUGAUGAGGGAACGCUUUACUGUUACACCAAUAGGCAGAGGCAUGGCGGCGUCCAGUGUGAUUUUUCCGGGGCUGCAUCGGAUUGUGGUCCGUAGGGCAUUACAGUGUUGCGUGGCGGUGCAUUGUCAUGGCUCCCGUGUAUUCGGCAUCCCCGAACCAGCAACAGCUCUCAGUCAUGGCAGAUACGUGCACUCAUCGCCCGAACUCUCCGCGAAGAGCAGCCUAUACAAGUUCUCUUCUAAAAACAAAAAAAGACUUUGGCAUGAAGGCACUUUUCACCUUCCCAUGGAAAACAAGCCAGCUGGUUUAAUGGCCUUGAUGAAACAGCAGAAGGCAGUAAAGAAAGAAAGUAAUGUUCGUAUGAAGACUCUAAAUGUGAUCCUGUAUGAUGCAUUAACCGGCUUGCUGGGUACAUCAGAAGUCAGUGAUGAGGUUCAUGAAUUGUGUAUUGAACUAUCAAAGGUAUCCGUAUCUGUGGACUUUUCAGUCUGUCGAGCUUACUGGUUAAGCAGUGGCAACAAAGACACUGAUACUGAGAUAGAAAAAGUACUGCAGAAGUAUGCUUCACGGUUUAGGCAUCUUAUGAUAAGCCAUCAUGUUCUUGGCAAUGUUCCACCAGUUGUGUUUGUGAGGGACAAGGAAGAUGCCAAGAGGCGAGAGAUUGAGGAUCUAUUCACAAUUUUACAAUCUGAAGAGGAUAAAGUCUCAUCAGUCAUAACGGAUGUAUCCAGGAAACUGGAUACAGAAGCCCUUAAAGAAGUGUCUGCAUUUCAGCUACCCAAUAUCUUUGGUAUUAAUCAUGCAGAACUUAACCAACACAUUUUUGCUUACAAGAAAAAAAUGAAAGCUAAGAUAAUUGAAGCUGACGGCAAUGAACAUUCUCAGCGACAGCAAGAACAACUUGCAGCGAUUAGGAAACAGAAUUUUCAAAGGAAAAAAAUGAAAACGCAGAAGAGGUCUGCUGAUGACCUCGGCCCACAGGAUUAUCAAUUGCUCAGUGCCAUGGACGCUGAGGAACAAGAGGAGAUGGACUUUGAACUACAUGCUGACCAAGUGAAUUUGCUUGAAGAAGAGGAACCAAAUGGCGACAUCUCUCAAAAAUAAGCAUUUGAUAGUGGCGAAAUCGGCCUAGCACAAACCUUUUUUUUUUUUUUUUUUUGCUAUUAUAAUUUAGACACUGCUGCAUUGGAAUUUUGUCCUGGAUUAUUUGUACCCAAAUUAAAUUAUAUUUUUUUUGCCCC